AUGGCCCAGGACUUCGAGAGUGACGAGGAUGUGUCUGACGGCGAGGGCGACAGGGUCACCCUCUUCAGCUCGGCCGGUCAGCUGCCGCCCAGUGGGCAGGCCGAUGCCGACACUCUGCCUGUGAUGCCUCGGGAGCAGCUGGACACCAUCAGUGAGGAGACCUGGUGGAUCCAAGAGGAAGAGAGCACGGAGCAGCGGGCCGAGGAGACUGAGAGCAGGCCGGGCAGGGCGCGCUUAGGCAGCCUUCGGCGUUUUGAGUCCCUGAGCUCCCUCAACCUGUGUCCUGCCUCCUCACUUGCCAGCUCCUGCCCGCCCAGCAGGGCGCCCUCCCCACCCCGAAGGAGGCGGCGCAGCCUGGCGCACGAGGGAGACCGGCUGGGCAUCAUGACUGCG